GGUUUGCUAUCACAACGCCCACACUCGCCCCCCACCGGUGUCCGGAUCGAUUGAAAAAUUCGAGUCAGUUCGCGACGGGAACGAGAGGAAGGGAGGGUUAAUAAGUCCGGGGUGUAUCGCGGCCUUCGUCCUUCGAGUCUCGUGCGCCACGAGCGCGCAGCCAUAGCGCUGGAAUUGAGGCGAAAAAGGUGGUCAAGAAGUGCGAAAUAAGAAGACACGAUGAGUUCGGCUAGCACAACAAACAACGGCGGCGGAGGCGCUGGAAGCAACGGUAGCAGCAUCGAGGUGGAAUACAACGAAAUCGAAUCCCGGCAUGGCUGGGCGAUGGUGUUCCAGGACAUUCGCGAAAAGAGCGACCUGGAAGCGCGAGCGAAGGACUUUUCUACCAACGAGUCGAAAAAGUUGGACAACCGUCGGCUGAACCGCUAUCGGGAUGUGCUGCCGUACGAUCACUCCCGGGUCGCACUAAAGCGUGGCGACACCGACUACAUCAACGCGAACCUGGUGAAGAUGGAGCACACCGGAAGGAAGUACAUCCUCUGCCAGGGACCACUCCCGCACACGGUUGGCCACUUUUGGAUGAUGGUAUGGGAGCACGAUUCACGCGCGAUUCUGAUGCUGAACAAACUGAUCGAGAAGACGACUGUGAAGUGCCACCAGUACUGGCCGGCAAAGAUCGGCGAGAAACACCGGCUGGAGCUUAGCGCCGUUCAGCUGUCGGUGGUGUACUUGAAGUGUAUUGAAUACAAAAAUUUUUGCAAGAGGACUUUCAGACUGACCGACCUGGAGUCGGGUAAAAGCAGGGAGGUGAUACAAUUCCACUAUACGACGUGGCCCGACUUUGGCAUUCCGAGUUCGCCGGUAGCAUUUUUGCAGUUUCUCAAAGAGGUGCGCGAUUCAGGCACACUGGACCGAGACGUUGGACCACCGAUCAUCCACUGUAGUGCCGGUAUCGGGCGGUCCGGAACCUUCUGCCUGGUGGACUGCUGUCUUGUGCUGAUCGACAAGGAAGGGGAAGACCGUGUGUCGGUGCAGAACGUGCUGCUCGAGCUGCGACAAUAUCGUAUGGGACUGAUACAGACACCGGAUCAGCUGUACUUUUCCUAUCAAGCCAUUAUCGAGGGAAUGAAGCGCAUGAACAACUCCUCCUUUGAGGAGUUUGAGGAACUGGCAAUCGUGUCAUCGACUAGCCAGCCGACCAGCGAUCAGGACACGGAAAACGAGGACACCCCACCGCCAUUGCCACCACCUCGGUCCCACUCGCUGACGAUCGGCACCAAGCCGCUUCCGGUGAUACCGAUGAGCGAGAGUGUGCACGAGGACUUCCUGCUCAGCAACAGCGAGCGCGAUAAGGUGAACAAUCUGGUGAACCUGGAGAAAAGCAAGCAAUACGAAAUUAGCGACGAAAACCACCAUCAUCACAACAACCACCACAAUCGCGGCAAGAACAAUGGCAAUCACCAUCACCACCAACGGCACCAUCACCACCACAAUACCAACCGUCCGCUGCCACCGCUGCCCAAGGAAAGCUCGCUGGACAAGGUGAACGAGGCGGACGAUGGAGAGGACAGUGAGCGAAGCGACUCGAGACCGGUGGCCCGUGCCGGGGGCGGCGGCGGUAACUACAGCAGCAGUAGCAACAAUAGCAGCGCCGGCGAAGACGAACUGAUCGAGGAGAUUGGCAGCAGCGACGAAGAUGACGAUGAUGCUAGUGAUGGAGGAGCCAAUGUUCCGUCCGAUAACAGUGAUAACAUUAAAAGCUCGGUUCUGGACGAAAGCUGCAGCAGCAAGGCGGUGGGCAACAGGAACGCACACAGCACCAGCAGCAACACCACCACCUCCACGACAGCAGCUGGCACAUCAUCAACAAGCUCGUCGUCGACCACCGCUACCACCAGCUCGUCGACUGGCCUGUCGUCCUCGACGUCGGCAUCGUCGCCAACGUCGGCUAGCAGUGUCAUCGGUUCGAAUAGCUCGACUCUGGAGUCGAACCGUGGCGAUAAGUCUUCGGCGUUUAACGCCAACUCCACCUUACCACCCUUGCCGAACGGUGCUGUCGACGACGACGAGGAAAUGAUCUCCAGCCCCGAGAGAGAACUGUCACCGAGCGCCGAGUUGCGCCGCCGCAAGCGCGCCGAACGCCACACGGCGAUGGAAGAAAAGAUUCGCGAAAUCAAACGCAAGCAGAAGGAGGUAGAGAACAAGGGGUCACCGAAAAAGCGCAGGAAGCAGAAGGAAUCCGAGAAAUGAUAUUUGGAAAUCCCGUGGAAGGUAUAUUUCAUCUGUUACAUUUAGACAACAGACUCACAACGGCAUGGACGACACGCACCCCGUGGAGGCCGAAGGGGAAUGCUUUCAGUGGAAUAAGCUAUGGACAUUGAACAUGCAGUGCACUAAAAGCAUAGGACUUGAUCACACUUUUGAUACACCCAUCAUACCCUUAACAGGCGCCAAUCUCUCUUGGACAUUAAACAUUGACAAGCUGCGGAACAAUCCUAAACAGUUUUAAAUUGGCCAUUGAUUGACAACUUGCGCGUUUACUCAACGAAUAGACAAUCAAGAAACUUUUCGUUCAAUGCAACUAAAGUUUUUUGAAGAAACAAACUAAACGGCUUCCCAACCACUCUACUACUAGGCUAUUAUACUGGGCCAAAACUAUGGAUUGGAUGGCUUGCAUCCACUCACACACUACACAAAAAAGUGGUAAAAGACUGCAUUUCUCUACCUUUUAUAAAUGGGUUCCUGUACAUUUACAGUGAUAAUGAGCAUCGUUCGAAAAUUCCGCACGAACGGAGCAAAAGAUGUCAAUUUUUAUCUAAUCAAGCCGCAAAAAUGCAGCCCUUUAUGCGGCUGCCCGUAGCAGAGAGUUGCAUGUUGAUCAAUAUUUGCUUUUAAUAUUUAAGUAUCCAGAUUACAGUUUUCACGAUUAUUUUCGGAACUGAAGUGAUUGAAAUGAUGCCAAACUUGGGGAAAGCGGACGAUCGCUCGUUGAAUUGGUUGUUUCAGUGCCGUUAAGGCAAACGUUAUCGUCUGAAUUUGAGUUACAUUUCAUCGCGUUAAAUCAAUCAAAUUUGGUCUUUACAGAAUUGCGCAGGUUAAUUAGUUUAAAUGUUUAUUGACCAUGACUACGGUUUUGUUACAUUGAAGCUCAGUUGUAGAACAUAAAUAUAACUCACGUAAUUCCCAACUAUUUUUCAUACUCCAUAAAACGAAUAAGCUUGAGUGGUGGUAGUUUGACUAUAGAAUGGGUACUAUUACACUGAAUUUGGAAGCGGCAGAGUAGGAAUAGCAUUCUCAAAUCAGAGAGAACACGACAACGGCAGCUCACGCAGAAUGUGCAGCUAAAAUCAAAUUUGUAAUAAAAAAGUUCAUAACAAUUACGUUGCAUUUCGUUGCCAACUAUCAGCACUGUCUACUGUAUCCAUAAAUCCAUCCAUUAAUAAAAGUAUCCAUUUU